AUGGGAGACAAUGGAUCGUAUCUCGGGGCUGAACGUGGUCCUCUCUCUGGUUUGCAUACUGAAGAGAUUGCUGAGACAACCGAAGGCUAUUUAAUGGGUGCAGCCCAAACAGGUUCCUCUUUAGCCAGUUCAGUUGGAGCUGCUAGUAGAGGCGCAUCCGAGGUUAUCAGUCACACUACUGAAAGCUUCGUCGAAAAAGGUAUGGAUGUGCUUAAACAUCCCGGGAUGUACCUCCAACCACUCUACAAAGCCUCCAUGUAUCUCUGGCAAAACUUUCCACCGAUUAGCUGGUUCGGUUAUAGUGCAGCGGCAUUAAACGCUAUCCCGAUAAUCAUCCUGCUAGGAUUUUUGUUUGGCACGUGCGCUUUUGUGCUUUCUAUUGCCGGUAUCGGAAUUUUUUUAGCCGAAGGAUUUUUUUUAGGCUUAGGUUUAUUAUUCCUGGUACCUGUAGUUUGUGUCUUGACUUUUGCAACCCUUACUACGUCAUUCUUCACCGUGUUUGGGUACGGAUGUUAUCGUGCGGCAGUGUUUAUUCUCCGUGGGCUUGGUGUACUAGGCGAAGAAAUUUUAGUAGAUACAAAAGGAGCCAUUCGGGGAAUGGAGAGAGCAGCCAGACACUUACAGGAUGAGUGA